UCAGGUGCGCAAAGGAAGCCACGCCCACCGGCCGCGGGGCUUCGGUGUUACCAUGGAGACAGCGUCUGCCCGGGAUCCAGUCAGAGCAGCGGCGGCCGAGCUAGGAGGAUGAGCCGCUCGGUGACGGUGCCGCGGCCGGCAUUGCCCUCCGGGGCCGGGUAUCGCAGGGCCAUGGCCCCCAGUCGGGCCUUCGACUUUCUCUACGAUCCAUUAUAUACGUUAUCAAGUGAGAGAGACCAUGCACAAGCAGCUGUCCAGGCCCAUCUAAUGAAUGAUGAAUUGAGAAAGAUGCCAGUAUUUAAAGCCAUGUUUAGUAACCUGAUUCACUAUCCACCGUACUCUGUACUACUAGAAGCAAAAAAUCCAGUUCCCGCAUUCAUUGACCGAAGAUGGAGAGGAAGGGCGCAGCAGCGCCGUGAGGCUCUUCAGAAACUCGCCAUGUCUCAGCCCUCACUUCAGAUUCCCAGACUUGAAUAUGAAGAUCCAGAAGUUGAUGGAAGGAAUCGCUGGAAGUAUUUUGAACGACCUUUUAUCCCAUUUCAUAGGCCAAUUCCACUGAACAUUGUUUAUGCAAUAUCAAAGUCUGAACCAUACCAAAUGAUACCCAGGGACAAGCCAGCCUAUCUCAUUUCACGAACGGUGGGCACGCAAACAGAUUACCGGGAUGGUGAAGCUCAGACAGAUCCUUAUAGCCCUGAAUAUGUAGUGCCUUCAGGUUCAAUACCUGAAUUACUGACCCUUGCCACUCUGACGUGGGGUCGGGGACUUCCCGCAACUCAGGCAGAAGUAGAGGUGAUUGAACGAGCCCGAGAAAAACGCGCCUGGGAGGCAACCCUUCCUCCACUGAAUGAUGCUGCACACAUUGCAAAGAGGAGGAGGAUGAUGGAAGAAAUGGAGAGGAAAGAGUGGGCCUUUCGGGAGGAAGAAAUAGAAGAAUUACAAGAAGUUAGACUAGAACUUUUAAAGGCCCUGCUGAAAAAUCGGGAAGAAAAUCGUGAUGAACUAGAUGUCAGUCGCUUAGAUACUCACUGGUUUAACCUCAUGCGAGAAAAAGAAGAGAAAGUGAAAAAGAUUCAGCAUGAACAUAUAAAAGCAAUCAGAAGAAUAAUAGCUAAAGGAAAAAAUGUGGAAGGAAAACUGGAGAGAAGAAACGUCAUCAAGGACUACACUGACUAUGAAUCACAGCCUUAUGCUCCUCUCUCAAGAAUUGGUUACUUUCCAGACAAUCAUGCGGAUCGUUACAUAGUGAAAAACCACUUUCUCAACACAUAUGAUGGCCUGCUUGAGCUGGAGGCAUCUCUCCCUGACUCUGUCACGCAGCCCCAAACUGAAGCUCCCAAACCCAGGAGCACCACCACUAAGGAUGGGUUUAUUAAACGGUCUGCUAGACUAGAGAUGGAACUGGCCCAGGUUUAUCAGAUACUGCAAGACAGGAAGAAUCAAGUUCUAGAGCCACUCAAGCCACUUCGUUUCCUUCAGAAGGUAUCAAAGUUAGUUGGGCGACCUCCCACUCCAACACUGGACGUCCCUUCACUAGUAGAUGAAGAGAGAGAACUAGCUGUGAUAACGCUGCAGAAGUUGAUACGAGGCAGAGCUAUCCAGAACAUGAUGUUUGAAGGGAAGGAAAAAAGACUGGAGCUGAUCCGGGAGUUGCGUACCACUCAUGCGCUCCAGGAGGAUGGACAACUCUUGAAGAAGGCUGAGAAGCAAGCGACAUUGGCCUUACAACGGCAGCGAGAUUUACAUGAGCACAAGAUGUCUCAAAUGGAAAAGCAUUUGGCUCGGGUAGAAGGGAGGGCCCUUUCCAACAUGUUGGAUUUCCUCUCCAAAGAGCUAGUUAGGCUACAGGAUGAGCGAAGGAUCCAUGCUUUUGCUAUGUUAGCUGAAAGGCAACGUCGAAUGCGGGAAGCAGAGGAGAGUGGACGUCGCCAGGUGGAAGAGAGGCGCAGACGUGAGGAGGAUGAGAUCUUUAAACAGGUUGUUAAGGUACACCAGAGCACAGUAGAUUCCUACUUAGAAGAUGUCCUUUUGAGCAGCAUGGAGCACACAGCUGAAGAACAAGCCAGAGAAGAGAUUCGGAGAAGGGCUGUGGAAGUCAACAACAUUGCUUAUGAAAUAGAAGAACGCCGUACUUACCUACAGUCUGAAGAGAUUGUGGCAGAGCUGGUUUAUAGCUUCCUGAUUCCUGAAGUGCAGAAAAUGGCCAUUAAGGAGAAAGUGAGGCAGUCCCAGAGAAAACACAUCCAUGCAGCUCAUCAGAUCAUCCAUGGGAAUACAGAGGCAACAGUUGGAGAGCUCUUUUCCUCAAAGGUCUGGCGGACGGGGAGUGGAGGGAUUCGAAUUGGAUUGGCGAGUGGAUCCGUGCCUCUGGCCACAGCUGCAGAAGAAGAAGCUCCUGAGCUGCCCUGGAUGGAGCUUCCAGAUGGAGUGCCUGUUGCCUCCACCGACCCAGCUCAGCCUGAAGCGCCACUUGGAGAAAGUCCUGGUGCCGAGUCCACCGGGCCCCCGUACAGUGAGGAGACGGAAGAGCAAUAAGACUGUUCUGAAAAUGCUUGCAAGAAGGGAAGAGAGUUGGACAAGAUGUGCUGCGUAAGAAUGCACAAAGCCCGAUGCUGCCGUCUUCAGCCGGUGCUGUGACUCUCAGAAGGCAUCUUACUACUGUACUUGUAUAUCUAAUGAAAUAAAGUUUGAAUGCUAAAGGACGAA